AUGAUAUUUCAUCUUCGUAAGCUAAUAUUGCUGAAUCCUGAUAUUGCUACACAUACAAAAUGGACCUAUCCUUUAACUAACCGUGAUUCUGCUAGCGUUGCUAUAGACUUUGAAAAAACUUUUCAAUUCCUAAAAAUGUCCGCUUACUUAGCCUAA